UAUUUCAUUUUUAUACCAUUUAAUUUAAUUAGAAAUAUAAGUAACUCAACAAUAUGAGUGUGUGAAAUUUAUAUAAAAUAAAAAACUAACAAAAGCCCCACGGCAAAGCGUGUAAAUGGCAAAAAAAUUGACGUGAAAUAUAUAACUGCCAACAACAACAACCAGCAGCAGCGAACAGCGACCAGUACGCCAACAACAACAACAGCAGCAGCAAAGCAGCAGCAACAACAACGCAAUUGUGAUAGACAAAGAAAUAGAUUAAGAAGGGGGAGAACGACACAGCAAAAAGCCCACUAAAAACCCCAAAACAAAAACAAAACGCAACAUAUUUAAAUAUUAAGCAUAUCGUGCGAGUAUUUGGGCAAAUUUUACACAUUGAUUUUUUUUUAUACGCAACGAAAAUAGCAAAUGAAGGAAGACGAAUAAAAGCAGUUCGAGAAAACCAAGCAAAAGCAAUGCGAUAAAAAAUAAAUAAGAAUAUAAGAAAAAAGAAAAACGAAAAAACGCUGGCGUUGACGUUGACGCCGCGUGAGAAGAGAAGAAAAAGGUGCAGAAGGAGAAGCCAAAGCUGGGGACCAGCAGCUUUUGUUUUGAACUGCGACUCCAGCGUCGCUGCUGCUGCUGCUGCUGAGACACACAUACACACGCGCACAGACACAGACACACAUAGUCACAGCUGAUGUCAAAUCAUUUGCAACGUUCGUGUUCGUGCGCGUUUACAAUUGAUUAAAACCAAAACACAAACGGGCUCCACAAACAAACAAACAAACACAUACACACAUAUAUAAACGCGCGCCAUUGUGAUUGAAAUUGAUUAAAGAUUACAAGCCUCUGAACGCUAGGUGGCGGCACAGCACAGUCACAAAGACAUAAGAGAAGAUUAAAAGCCUUAGCACUGCCAAACAAAAAGAAAAGUUAAGAAUUAAGCGAAAAAGAUACAGUUAAGGAGGAGGAGGAGGAGGAGCAGCUGAGCGGUCAACCAAACUGCAGCUCCAUGAUGCUGUACGUAUUCCAUGUGGACGUCGGUCGCAUGCUGAGCUUCGACAUGACCGUCGCUCUGUCGUCGGUGGAGAAUCUAAAGGAGACGAUUCAUCGCCUGCAUGGGAUACCCGCCUCCAAUAUUGUGCUUCUGGUGAGCGGCGGCGAGAUGUUGACACACUCCACACAGGUAUCCUGCUAUUCGGCGGGCACAGACACGAAUCCCAUUUACAUGUUUCUCACCGGCGAUGAGCGACUGGCUCCGACGAUAGCCAGCGGUGGUUCCAGUGAUUUGUCGGAUGCAGAGUUGCGUCGCCAGGUGGAUGAGAGUCACAGAUUGCCCGCCGUGCUGGAUACAGUGCGUCAGCGGGCACAGCUGGCGCAGCACAUGCGUGAGCUGGGCAGGAAGGAGGAACAGCUGUGCGAACGUCUUGUCCACGAGCAGCACUUGCAGCAACAGGGCUGGUCCGCGGUAGUGGCCAACAUGGAGGAUCUGACCAAUGAGUUUGUCGAGCGUUUCCACAACUUUUGCCACGCCUUCGACCGGCAUCUGCUACAGCGGGAGAGCUACCUGGAGCUGUUGCGUAACUUUGUCGAUGAUCUCACCCAACUGUCGCGCAUUCCCAUAUUGCCCGCAUUGAUGGCACAUGCGGAGGGCGAUUUCCAUGGCUUUGAUGAGUUGCUGGAGAAUGAUAGCGAAGGUGUGGUGGAGCAACUGCAGCCGGAAACUGAGACGGAGACAGUGACAGAGCCUGGCGACGGCAGCGUGGAGAAGAGCAGCAGCAGCACAUCGCCCAACAAGAAGCUCAAAAUGGGUCACGAACGGGAGGAACUGCAUCAGCUAGAGGAUGAGCAGCCGCCUAAGCAGACGCCACAGCCUCCGCCGCAGCAGAAGGAGUAUCAGCUCAAUCUGCUGCAGUGGAUCAGCUCCAAGGGUAACCAUGCGGCAUUGCAGCAGAUGUGCGAUGAAUGCGUUCAGGGAUUGGACACGUUCUCCCAGGAGAUCUAUGAGAAGCUGAAGCAGGAGGUGCAGAACAUCAUUAAGCUGGCCAAGCAGAGCGAUGUCAAGGAGAUCAAGGGACUCAGCGAUCGUUUGUAUCGUCUGGAUGAGUUCAAGUACAAGAUACAGAAAAUGGUGCAGGAUCAGAGGGAGCAGGCGACCGCCUUGCAACAGAAUGAGGCACGUGCCUUGAAUCUACGGGACAAUUCCGUGCUGCCCGAUCUGUGCCUCUCCCAUCGUUCCCAGCUCCAAGUGAUGCUCGAGAAUCAUCUGAAGAUCCGUGAAUAUUGUCGCUGCAUUGCCAACUCAAAGGAGGAGCUCGGACGCAAUCUUCAUGCACGUCUGCAUCGUGUCGUUUGGAUUGAGAAUGGAAUGAGUGAUUUCGAUAAUCGUCUGCUCUUCUAUCUCCGCUGUCUGCGUCGUGCCGAGCGCCACAUCAACAUUAUCGAGCAGAUCCAUCGUGCUCCCAGCACCUAUGUGGCGGCCGUUACGGAGGUUGUGCGUCGCAAGAUCUUCUCGGAUGAGUUUCGAUUGUGGGCAUCCCGUUUGUCCGUCGACUUUGAUCGCAUCCAUGGCGAGGAACUGCAGCGUCGCCGGCUCUUCAACGCCAGCUUCGAUGGACACUUUCUGAACAUCCUAUUUCCGGGCAUGGCCGACAUGCCGCCCACGUUCGCCAACGAGCAUCCCGAGCUGAGCUUCGACACCCGUCUGCCUCAACUCAGUCAAUCCGACCUGGAGCUGCUCUCCACUCAGCUGCCGGAGUUGGCCACGCAGCUCCAAUUGCCGGAUAUGGCGCCUGUUCUGCAGUUCUUUGUGCAGCGGCGAAAGUCAUUGGCACGACAGGAUUGCCAGGAUCAGGACCGAGACCGGGAUCAGGGAGAGAAGCAGGAGUUGGUUGUUGCAAACAAACAAAGUGUCAGCACAUCCACCAGCUUGAGUGUGGCGCAAAUGGCCAGGAGCACGGAAACGGAACAGCUACUGAUGCUCAGCGCCAGCACACUGACGGAUGAGAACGCUGGGAGCGUGGAGAGAUUGCGUGAGGCAUUGCAGAGCAUGUCCAAGCUGGCAUUGCAGUGCCUGGCCAUGGCCCGUUCCAAUCUAAGCAGUCUGCGCAGCGAGUUGGUCGCCAACUACCAGGAUGAGCUGCAGUCAGAGCUUCAGUUGCUGCAGGACAAAUGGCAAGUGUUGCGAAUGCAGAACGAGCAGCGUGAGCAACAGCAGGCGGAUCAGUUGGAGCAACUGCGUCAGCAGCUGUUGGCAGCCGAACAGGACAAAGUCACAGCUGUUGCACAGACACGCGAGCAGCUGAUCCAUGAGCACAAAACCGAACUGGAAUCGCUGCGUUGUCGAUUCAAGCUAAUGACCUCCAUGGAGCGUUCACCCUCGGACAGCAGCCUGGAGAAAUUGGAGCGGCCGACGAGCAGUGCCAGUGUCGCCAGCCUGGAUGUGGAGCAGUUGUUGGCGCAGCAGCGUCUGGAUAUGCUGGCCCAACGGGAACGUGCCGUUAAUGAAGCCGUUGAAGCCGAACGCUCUUUGUGGCAAUCGCGACAAUUGCCGAACUCAGAAUCUGUGAUGGCCAACGUGUCCAUAUUAAAGGACAUGCUGGAGGAUAAGGAGCGGCAGCUGGACAUGCUGCGCGAACAGAAUUCCAUGCUCGUCCAGGAGAGCUACCAGCUGAAGACGCGCCUCGAUCUUCUCACCAAUGAGGAUGGCAACAGCUGGUUAAAGGAGAAGAUCGACUAUCUGAACCGCGACAAGUGCCGCCUCGAGGAGGAGCUCAACAUGGAGAAGAGCAAGCGCAUUGAAAUGGAGACCAGUGUCGCCGCACUGAGAAAUUCCACUUACGAGGCUGUUGGCGGCACCAUGACACGCUCCAGGUCGAGUGGUGGCGCCUCAUCGAAUCAUCGUUUCAUCACGCUUGAGAACUGCGCCAAGGGAGAUUUAGUAUUUGUCGUGUGGAGCAUGCGACAUGGCCAGUUUAUGGUGGUGCAGGAUUCACUCACCCUGUACUUUGUCCAUGCUGACAGUCUGGCAGCAUUGCAGCUAACGGCCCCUCCUCCCGCUCCUCCUCCAUCUGCACCUCCUCUAGCCGCCAACGAGGCACCGUUAGCUGUCAUCGAGCUGAAUCAGAUACCGCUGCCCUACUACGCCAUCGGGCGUGUCAUCGACAAGGAAUACUGCCAGGCGAGAAAGGAUGAGAACCGCUAUCGCGUCAGCAAGGGAUCCAAGUUCUAUCGCAUCAAAUUGGCGCCGUUGGCCUCACGAAAUCCGCUGCGUCGCGAGCGUUUGGAAUCAAGCGGCUCGGCCGGCUUUAUUAACCGCUCGCAGCUGGCGACGGCAGCUCGGGAAGCAGUGGAUGCUUCAAUGGUGUCUGGGGCGGCGAGCAUUGGCGGCAGCAGCGUCUAUCAGAGUUUUAAGGAACGCACAGUGAGCAUCAGCAGCGUUAACGAGGAGGAGGAUGAGUCGACCUCACUGCUAAGUGAGCGGUGUCGCUACAUUAGCGUUAGCGAAGAGGAUGAAUUGCUGGCGCUUGCUGCUGGCAGUGACGGCAGCGCAGAAACAACAAUCACAACAACAAACGCAGCAGCAGCAACAAUAACAACAACGGCGGAAGCUGGAGCAACACAAGCAGCAACAACAACAAUAACAGAAGCGGCAGCAGCAACGGCAGCAACUCAAGCACAGUCUGUGAUAACAGAGCAGCCAACGGCAACAAGAAAACUGAAGUUGGAUCUACUGUUGGCCUCUGCUGAUAUAAUAAUACAACCCUUAAUACAACAAAAACCACAACAACAACAAGAAGAACAAGAGAAGGAGAAGUUGAAGGAUGGAAAAAAUUCGGAAGCUGUGGCAAAUACCAGAACAACAACAACGAUAACCACAAAUGAACCCAAACUACAAUCGGAUAGAAAUCCAAGUAAACUGGACGAUCAGCCAGUUAAUAUCUAUGUAGCCACUACUUCAACAACCUCGCCAAUAACAACAACAGCAACAGCAGCUGAUGUUGUUGAGGCAAUUGUGAGCACAGGAACGGCAACAAUUAGCGAGGAUUCCGAUGAGUAUCGCUCGCUAGAGGGCAAGGAUGAAGCCGAUUUUCCCAUUUCCGAAUAGUGUACGAGAAUCGCAAGAGUUAUUAUCUAUAGCUAUAAAGUAUGUGCUGAAAUUACAGCAUCGCGAAAUCGUGUUUAUCUAGGCUAACACUCUUACUAUUUAUAUAGGACCGAUCCCAAUCCAUAAACCCUUCCCAUUUUAACAAAUAAGCCACAGAAGAGUCGACGGCAACACACACACACACCCUCAAACAUACACAUACUCAUACACUCACAAAUACAUACAGCACAUUAAGAUGAAAGUUAUAUACUUAAAUAAUUUAAUGUUUACAAAUUUAGCAAAGAUAAACAAUUGCAAAAACAAAAAAAAUUAACAGCUAACGUUCUAAUGUAGUUUGUCUAUAGUCUAUAAUAAUCUUAUAUCAGAUCUGUAAAUGAGUUCGAUAAAAGUCCAACACGUACACUCUCUUACACACACAUUUUUUAUUUCAAAUAAAAAUGACCACAAAAUAUGAAAUAAUCAAAUUAAUUAGUUUUCUGUUAAAGCAAAAAUAAAAAGAAAAAACAAAACAAAAAUUGUAUAUUUUGAAAUUCUCUUUUUACUUUUUAGUGCCAAGAAAUUGUUUCCAAUUUUUUUUUGAUUACUUUAGCAAGUAAAUGAUUAUAAAAAAAUUAACAAGUAAAUUGUAUAUUUUUUAUAGAAAUUUUCACUACUCAGAAAAAUACACUUUCACACACAACACGUUUUUUGCACACCCCACCCAAUACACAAAAAAAAAACCAGUAGAUUUCAUUUUUUGGGGUCGGAGGCGUAGCCCCGCCUAUUGAACACUUAUGCUCAGCUCUCACACUCAAUUUAAAUCCUUUCUUGAUUUCUGUGUAAAUACUAAACGACGAAUAUUUUGCCUUUCGUAUCUUAAAGAAAAAAAACAAAAAAAAAACACACACAAAACAAAGAACUUUAGUAACACAAGAUGAUACAAAUUAAAAAAAAUCAACUGCGUGAAAUAAAUAAAAUAAAUAAUUAAAGAAAAAAUGCUUAAUUAAAUCAAAGCGAAAUUUGUAAAUAGACAAAACAGAAAACCAACUAAAUUUUACUUUAAAAAAUUUAAAAUUUAAAUGCAAAAAUUAAAUAAACGAAGAUGUAACAACAAAUUGUCAAGCAUACAACAAAACGUGUAAAAGCGAAAAUCAAAUAAAAAAAAA